UCGGCAGGUAGCAAGGAUUGACAGAACACCGGCUCGGGUUCAGAGGUAAAGCUCGGCGGUAUAACACUCACCGGCUACUUUUAUACCAUCAUCCAGCAGGAGAGCCGCCAUGACCCCGCAGGAGAGGCCGGCCUCGGCCCCGCAGCAGCACCAGCAGCAGCAGCAGCAGCAGCAGCAGCCCUCCGCCCUCAGGGCGCAGCUCACCGUCAAGCUGUUCCUGAUGGAGAGCGCUAGGAGCACGCUGGAGCAGGAACUCCGUAACUUCACCAACCAGGCAUAUGAAGAAGUGCAUCCUGUCCUGAAUUCAUCUUUACCCAUCAGUGUCUUCACUGAUCUCACGGAGGCUCUAGAUGUCAAGUAUCAAAAGAUUCUAAAGCUUUCAGCUUUACUAAAGAGCUUUGCAGUAGAUCCAAAGGUUUGUUUCCAGCCUGCUAUGAAAAACAACGUGAGACUAAACCAAGCUCAGCCAUCCAGAGUCAAAGGGAGCCUGAUUACAAAUGUUAUCAAGUUUGGACCAAUGUUUCAAAACUCAUUCAUGGCAACCUCCAUAGGAAAAGCAAUCCAGGUGCUUGGACAUGCUCUGUCCCGUCGGCCACUGGAAGUUUUUCUCAACUUCCAGCCAGCACCAGUGCAGCAGCAGGCCGUGUUAGGCAGCAUCUCAUCCGGCUUUAACAGCACUGAUGUCACUAAAAGCUCCUCUUCUCAUAUGAAAGUGGAAGAACAGGUUCUUUUUGAAGAAAAGAGUCAACCAGAUUCUAUGUGUGAUCCAUCUGUCAUUCAUCAGAACCACAAGAUUAAUGAAGAGAAGCCACAGGUACUGCUUCCUCAUAUACAGGCUGUAUUCCCAGAGAAUAUUAACCCUAAAACGUUCAUAAUAUGUGGACGUGGUGAUGACGCCCAGUUGCAGCAUCAAAAACUAACAUCCUCCCAGCUGCUUCAGUUCCUCAGAAUUAAAUCUAAAAACAAGGAUUCACCCGAGGCCCACCUUUUGGUGUGGGCCCAAGAUAUAUAUGAGACGGGCAGUUCGGCCACUGUCAUGACCUACCAACUCAGAUCCGUUGCUGCUGAUAAGAUGAUGACAGGUGCACCACCUCCAAAAGUAUUGCACGGAAACAUUGACAACCAAACUCCAGUCUUCAGAGUGAAAAGUGCAAGCGCCAGCAGAACUUUGACCUACACUUUUGUGACUGAAACGGAAACUGAAAUUUGGGAUAUCGGAGAGAUCAAUUCAGCCGUGACAAAAAUGCAAACACCCAUCAGUGUAAAAAUUCCUGAGUUCCAGUUCUGGAGGUUCGGAGAACUUGAAGUGGUGGUGUCUCAUAUCGUCAGUCCAGAUAACCUUUACAUCCAGCACGCAGACUCCUCUGAGAAGCUGCAGGCUCUUGUCACAGACAACUGCAAAGCCAGUCGUUCGUAUGCUGAGCAGAACUGCAUUCCAGACAUUGGAACCCAGGUAAUUGGUUGGUUCCCGCAGAAGAAAGAGUGGUGCAGGGCUCAGGUGAUGAAGAUAUGUGGAGUGAGCAGAGACAAAGAUGUCACGGAUGGGGCUGGGAUUGAGUCAUCCAUUAAAGUGGAGGUGAAAAGAUUAGACUACGGUGACACUUCCUGUCUGUCACUAUGGAAUAUGAAGGAACUCACGCCAGAAAUGGCUGUGCUACCACUUCAGGCCCUGCAUGUGUCACUGGCAAAUGUGGUGCCUGUCAAUGGAGGACACUGGUCUGAGGAGGCAGUAGGUUGGAUCAAAGCCAUGGUGCACAAGAGGAUGCUCUAUGCCAGAGUUUACCCACAGGCACCCACAGUUACAGUUGAGCUGUUCCUGGAAAGGGGAAAGCUCGGAGCCAUGAGGAGGGGUGCAUCGCUGUCUUUGAGGCUGGCCCAAAAUGGACACGCGACGCACAACAAUCUGAAAAAUGCCGCCUGCAUAAUAAAAAAUCCUGUUCAACGCAAAACCCACGAACGGGGCUCUGACUGGGAAAAAUACCUAAUCUCAUGCUACACUCAAAUGAAGAAAUGGUCAUUUUUGGAGCCGGCGCUUCUUACGCCGCUUGCACCGCCGGCUGAGCCUGACCUGGAGGCGAAGAUGAACUGGGGGUCCUUUUAUGCCGUGAUCAGCGGCGUAAACAGGCACUCAACAGGCAUCGGGCGCAUUUGGCUCUCCGUCAUCUUCAUCUUCCGUAUCCUGGUGCUCGUAGUGGCAGCGGAGAGCGUUUGGGGCGAUGAGAAGACCGCGUUCGUCUGCAACACCCAGCAGCCCGGCUGCAACAGCGUCUGCUACGACCAGUUCUUCCCCAUCUCACACAUCCGGCUGUGGGCGCUGCAGCUCAUCCUGGUGUCCACCCCCGCGCUGCUGGUGGCCAUGCAUGUGGCCCACCGACGUCACAUCGACAAGAAGAUCCUGAAGAAGUCGGGCCGCGGCAGCCCCAAGGAGCUGGAGCACAUCAAGAACCAAAAAUUUCAGAUCACAGGAGCUUUGUGGUGGACAUACAUGAUCAGUAUCAUCUUCAGAAUCAUCUUAGAGGUGGUUUUUCUCUACAUCUUCUACUCGAUCUAUCCUGACUUUAAGAUGGUGCGCUUGGUGAAAUGUGACUCCUACCCUUGCCCCAACACAGUGGACUGUUUUGUCUCCAGACCAACAGAAAAGACCAUAUUCACUGUGUUCAUGCUGGCAGUGUCGGGGGUGUGCGUGCUGCUGAACCUGGCCGAGGUCGUGUACCUGAUCGGCGGGGCCUGCAGGCGCUGCUUCGGCGGCUCCGAAGACGAGUCGAAAGCAGCUUGGAUAAGUCAAAGGUUGUCAUCUUACAGGCAAAAUGAAAUCAAUCAGCUGAUAGCGGACCAUUCUCUUAAGUCAAAGUUCACCGUGACCAAAAAGAACCCACCUGAGAAAGCUGAUAGAUGUUCUGCUUUCUGAGACUUCCUCUAAGCUUGUGAGCUGUAAUAGUGGCUGUCCGCCGAGCACGUUCUACAUUAAUGACACUUAUACUGCGUAUUUGUUCAUUCGCAAGAUUUUGAGCAUUUAUUUAUAUAUUAUUAAGUAAACUGCCUAUUGAUGCUUGACUCUCUUUUUGGUUCCAACGUAUUUAUUUUCACUAACAAAAAAUUAGCUGGUCUCUUGUCGAAACUACGUGGAGCCGGUACUGUGGAUUACUGUGGAUUUAUAGACAUGAUUUCUGCUUUUCUUUUCUUUAUUCAAGUCCAACAUCUCUGGUGUCGCAGUACAAGCUUGCCAUCGAUCGUUAGACUCUCUUCGUAGUCUUAUGGCAAAUACAUCAAUGUAUUAAUGGACAUUAUGGGAAUUAAGUUGACAUAGUGAAAAAACUGUUUCAGUGUUAUAAACCAUGCCUGCAAGCAUUAUGCUUUUAUUUUAUUUUUAGUCAAAGUUGCAUAUUUGCUGGAUGACAAUGCACUUUUGAAGGGUGCAGUUGUUAAAAAUCUUGCAAAUGUAACAGGUUUGUGUGCUUAAAAGUUCCAAGCGACUGCCAAAAUAGUUGCAUUUAUGAGCUGUGAAAUGGGGAAAAUCAAAUCCAGGACGCAAAAUCAAACAGCCAACACUGGCUGCAGUUCAUGUGUUUGCACAUGAACACAUCCUACAGAAAGUUCACACCAACGGGCUGCUUUUAGAACAGAUGUUUGCCUUUCAACAGCAGAGAAAAAGUGUUUUAUAAUACUUCACUCUAAACACGUCUGGCAUCUAGAUUUCCAAUCCAUUCUCAAAUUAGUCAAAGUGUGAAACUCAUCUUUUGGGAGUAUUUUGUUGGAACAUGAGGAUUUCUGAUCGGCAGUAAAAACCAUAAAUAUCAGAUAUGGUCCUUUUUAAGAAAAACAUAUUGGUAAAAUAGUUUAAAUCUGGGUUUUACGGUAAUCCGAAAGUGGGUUUAUUCAUUCAGACAAAAGUAGUCGGGUCGAAGCGAGCACAAGUACGGGAAAGAAGACCAUUGAAGGGAAUUGGACCACCUAUUGAUGAUUCUAUUAAAGUGGACGUAAUAGAAAAAAAUGUUACUCUUGGAAGUUCCUUGGAAGUGCAUUGCACAAAGUUUUUUCCAGUUUUGAAAGAUGCUGACCCUGCGGAGGAGAGGGACGGAGUGGGGUGGAGUCGCCGACUCCACCGCCUAAACCCGGCUGCUAUGAACAGAGCUGUAAAGACACGGUUGAAGGGGAGCUUUUGUAUUAUAUCGCUGCAUUGUACAUUGACACAAGCAUGUCACAGACAUUGAAUUAAAACCACGGGACAUUGUGUCAUUUUCUGGAGAAAAGAAAAUGUAAUAUGUCUGCUUUUAAGCAAACAACUGUCUCGUGGUCGUAUUUGUGUUGUACUCGAUUAAUCAAGCUACAAUUUGUCGGACAUUUAUAACAAUUCUCUAUCCAAGCAAAUUUCAUUAUAAAAGAAAAUGCAACUAUUGGUGCUAGAAAAUAAAACGACAUGUUUAAUUCACCAUUCCAACCACGAUGGUCGUAUUAUGAUGAACUAUAAUGCAGAAAAUUAUCAUUUAGUGUAUUGUAACUUUAUUUUUCCUGAUAAACUUCUCUGAAUUAUGAACCUCAUUUUAUCUAUUUUUCUUUUUGUCUGCUGGGGCAUUUAAACCUUGUUUUUGUCAUCGCAGUACUGUACAUAUAUUUCAAGACAUUUUGUAUUAAUUCCUGAUUACCAUGUACUAACAUCUUUGCACAACUUUGUUAAAGUUUCCUUGAAAAGCGCGUGAUGUGGACCCACCGCUUACCCGGCAUCCAUCGCCGCCAUGAUGUCGCACUUCCAUCCUUUAUUCUUAGCCUGCAUACUAUGUUUGUCAGCAUCCGUGCAGGUCUGAAAAUCCGAUGUCCAAAUGCACUGGAAGCUGUUUGCAUCAAGUUGACCGGCUUUUUGUACUCGAUGUAAUGCAAACAGAACCACUUAUGUUCAUAUGCCAACAUGCAAAUGCAUCAGUUUCAAUCCAGGAAAACAAUCCAGAUACAAUGAGAUGGGUUGAAACAAUACAAUUUCUACAAUACUGUAUGUAAUUUAAAUAAAUAAAUAAAUAAAUAA